AUGGCAUCUCAGGGUAAAGAAAAUUCCGCUAUGAGCGCAUUCGAGCGUAAACGGCUCGAGAAUAUUGCGAUGAACCAGGCCAUCUUAAAGGAUUUAGGUUCAAAUGCCGCGAAAAUAGCGACAAAAGUUGUGAGCAAAUCUAAAUCAAAGAUUGCACCAGCUCGUAAAACCACAAGGCCUACAAGAAGAGAAGAAGCGCGUCCAACUAGGACAAGCUCAAGAUUGGCCGGAUUAGAGGCUGACAGCGAAGGUGCGAAAAGAAAGGCUCAAGUAGAAUACGAGUUCGCGAAAGAGCAAGCAAAAGCCAAGAGACAGCGCGUUACCGGAGAGCUCCAGAUAACUGACAUUAUUGUGGAUGGUAAAAAAUUUAAUACCGAUGAUAAAUUUUUGAAUAUUAUCAUGAAAGGUGCUCAGCCCAAUGUGCAUACCUUCACUGAAGACUAUUCAAAGAAUACCGUUGAUGCCGAUCUAAGAUCUCUGAGAGAAGGAAUCUCAGGCCUAACCCUCUAUGAAGGAUAUGAGCCAAAUCAAAUCAAGGUUACACCUGAGCGAGUAUACUCUCUUAGCUUUCACCCAUCUGCCAACAAGCCUCUUAUAUUUGCAGGUGAUAAGGAAGGAAAUAUAGGAAUAUUUGAUGCGUCGCAAGACAUUCCAGAUAUUAAGGCAGAAGAUGACGAUGAAGACGACAUAAAACGAUCAGAACCUAUCAUCACAGCUUUGAAGAUUCACUCAAAAACAGUCACCUCUCUAGCGUUUUCACUGGAUGGCGAUAAGCUCUACUCAUCUUCCUACGACUCUUCUAUCCGAGAAUUUGAUCUACAAAAGGGUAUAUCUAUCGAAGCUUUCGCACCCGCGCACAUAGACGAAGAAAUGCCUAUCUCUUGUGCUGAGCUUUCCCCUACAGAUCGAAAUAUUCUAUACUUUUCAACUUUAGACGGCUCCUUCGGUCGCCAUGACCUACGUGUCUCCACCAGCACCCAAAUAUGGCAAUUAGUAGAUAAAAAACUGGGUGGCUUCUCGCUUAAUCCUCAGUCGCCUCAUCUCGUAGCUACCGCGUCCUUGGAUCGCACUUUGAAGAUCUGGGAUUUGCGAAACAUCAAAGGACCAAAAGAUGCUAGAGCACCUUGUCUGAUGGGAGAGCAUGAAUCGCGGCUAUCUGUGUCUCAUGCGUCUUGGUCCUUCAGCGGACACAUAGCAACUUCCUCCUACGAUGAUACUAUCAAGAUUCAUGCCCUUCCAACCAAAGAUGUCCUGAAGAUUGACUACGAGCUAAGUGAAGAUGAAAUAGCGCCUAGUGUUAUAAUUAAGCACAACAACCAAACUGGUCGAUGGGUCACAAUUUUAAAACCGCACUGGCAAGAAAGACCACAAGAUGGCAUACCUAAAUUUGUUAUUGGAAAUAUGAACAGAUUUGUAGAUGUUUAUAGCUCAACCGGACAGCAGGUAGCACAACUUGGUGGUGAAGGGAUCACCGCAGUCCCUGCAGUCGCUAGAUUUCACCCUACCGAAAACUGGAUAGCAGGUGGCACAGCAAGUGGCAAGCUUUGUUUGUGGAUGUGA